AUGCCAUCGUCUUCGAGAUCCGACAGCUUCAAGGGCCAGUCCCUUGAUAGCGACAGCUUCCAGAAUAGCUUUGACCACGCCGCUGCAGGACAUGACGGACUCCGUUGUCAUCUAUCCGGGUCGCUGAUUGCCAAGCCAUGCACCCAGGGAGAAGUUGCUUUCUACGAAUCGAGCGUUUACCACCCCAACUUCCACGCUUUCAUGCCCCAAUGGUAUGGAACACUGACUACCACCGACCAACAACAAUCGCUCUCCGUGGGCGCUGGCGCCCAGAACCAAGGAAGCAUCCUCCUUCCUACAUUGGCCACGUCAUCCACAACCGAUAUCCCUACCGACACAGCGCAGGUACUUCAAAUACCGACAGGAUCGCAAGAAGUGCCGUGGACGCCGUCUGGAGGACGAAAAUUAGACACUGGGAUUUCAAUUGUAUUAGAAAACGUUGCCGAAGGGUUCAAGCGGCCUACCGUGCUGGAUGUGAAGCUGGGUGCUCGCUUAUGGGCCGAUGAUGCCCCCCCGGCAAAACGCACGAAACUCGACGCUGUUGCUAAAGAGACGACAAGCUCUCCCCUGGGCUUUCGUAUUGCCGGUAUGAAAGUUUGGAGCGGGCAAGACAUCGCCCCAGGAAAUAAUACCGAAGCCGAAUUUACCAAUCCGUACAUGACUAAACAUGAAGGCGCCGAAGCCCAAGAUGGCCGUGUCGUCGAAAAGAAUGGGUAUCGACGGUACGACAAGUGGUACGGCCGCUCGUUCAGUGCUGAAAAUGUGAAGGAGGGCUUUGAAGCUUUCUUGGCCGGUGCCAAAGCAGGUAAAAUUGACCGUUCUAAGCUUAUCGCUUCUCGCUUAGCAGAGGAGCUUCGCGCUUUGAAGUAUGCGCUAGAGUCGGAAGAAAGCCGGAUGUACUCGUCCAGUGUACUUAUUAUCUACGAGGGCGAUCCGGAUGCUUUAGAGGAAGCUUUGGAAUUCGAGAAGAACCGAAAAGAGGACGAAGCAAAUCAAACACCGGAAACAGAACCGAUAGAAACGACAGAUGAGAUCGACGAGAUCGAUAUCUCCCAGCUUGGCGCUCUCCAACCCGUGAAUCUAGAAAUCGGGGAUGGUACGAACAUUCAACAGGCUUUGAAUAUCCAACUCGACCCCCAAUCGCUGUCUGAGAUGGGAGCCAACCAGGAUGGCGACGAAGAGGACGAUGACGAGGAAGUGCCCAUCAAGGUCCACGACUUCCGUCUGAUCGACUUUGCCCAUGCCGACUGGACUCCAGGACAGGGACCAGACGAGAAUAGUCUGAUGGGAAUCAAAAGUUUGAUUAAGAUCAUGGAGGAUCUAGCUGAUGAUAAAGCAGAUAGUAGAGAUAGCAAGACAUGA